GUCUUGAUAAUUAGUAAAGUUUUCAUUUUUCAGCUCUGAAAAUCAAGAUUCAGUUCAGAGGACCACAUCUAUGGAUUCCUCAGACCUUACCAAGACAAAAACAUCAUCUUUAUCAACCCCAUCUAAGCAUUUCUGGGUUCUUCCUUACAAAACUCAAAGUCUUGAGAGUCUUUACACACUAGGCAAAAUAUUGGGUCAAGGUCAGUUUGGAACUACCUAUCUUUGUACUGAAAUAUCAACUUCUAAUCUUUAUGCUUGCAAGACUAUACCAAAGAAGAAGCUCAUAUGUAAGGAAGAUUAUGAGGAUGUUUGGAGGGAGAUUCAGAUAAUGCACCAUCUAUCUGAGCAUCCAAAUGUUGUUAGAAUAAAGGGUACUUAUGAAAAUGCUUUAUAUGUACAUAUAGUUAUGGAGCUUUGUGCUGGUGGGGAGCUUUUUGAUAGGAUUGUUGAAAAGGGGCAAUAUAGUGAAAAAGAAGCUGCUAAAUUGAUCAAAACAAUUGUUGGGGUGGUGGAAGCUUGCCAUUCAUUAGGGGUUAUGCAUAGAGAUCUAAAGCCUGAGAAUUUCUUGUUUCUUAGUUCUCAAGAAGAUGCUGCCCUCAAGGCCACUGAUUUUGGCCUUUCUGUUUUCUAUAAGCCAGGUGAAACAUUCUCUGAUGUUGUUGGAAGUCCUUAUUAUGUUGCCCCAGAAGUUUUAUGCAAGCAUUAUGGACCUGAAUCAGAUGUAUGGAGUGCAGGAGUUAUCUUGUACAUAUUACUUAGUGGAGUUCCACCUUUUUGGGCAGAAACUGAUAUGGGAAUAUUUCGUCAGAUACUGCGAGGCAAACUAGAUUUAGAAUCUGAACCUUGGCCUGGAAUUUCAGAUAGUGCAAAGGAUUUGAUACGCAAAAUUCUUGAUAGGAAUCCAAAGAGGAGGUUAACUGCCCAUGAAGUUUUGUGCCAUCCGUGGAUCGUGGAUGACUCAAUGACCCCUGAUAAACCUCUUGAUUCUGCAGUUCUUUCACGCCUCAAGCAAUUCUCAGCAAUGAACAAACUAAAGAAAAUGGCUUUGCGUGUGAUUGCCGAGAGGCUAUCAGAAGAGGAGAUUGGUGGUCUCAAGGAGCUAUUCAAAAUGUUAGACACGGACAAUAGUGGAACAAUAACCUUUGAGGAACUAAAAGAGGGUUUGAGGCGAGUAGGUUCGGAACUAAUGGAGUCUGAGAUCAAGGAUCUUAUGGAUGCGGCAGACAUUGACAACAGUGGAACAAUAGACUAUGGGGAGUUUAUUGCUGCUACUGUUCAUUUGAACAAAUUGGAAAGAGAAGAGAAUCUAUUAUCAGCCUUCUCUUUCUUUGACAAAGAUGGUAGUGGCUACAUAACUAUCGAGGAACUUCAGCAAGCCUGCAAGGAAUUUGGUCUAAGCGAGCUCAAUCUUGAUGAAAUAAUUAAAGAUAUUGAUCAAGAUAAUGAUGGACAGAUAGACUAUGGGGAAUUUUCUGCAAUGAUGAGGAAAGGCACCGGCGGAGGCGUUGGAAGGAGGACCAUAAGAAACACAUUGAAUUUAGGAGAAGCACUUGGACUUGUACAGAGUGAAGAAAACGUAUGACCAACAAACGCGAUGUUUCUAAUUUCUUUUUGCCAUGAAGGUCCAAUUAUAUGACAUUUACUGCUACAAGGGUUAGGUGUUGAACUUGAUCCCUUUCCUUGCUUUAUUGACGACUGUUUUUUUUACCUUUAUUUGUCUAAGCUUAGAACAAUUUUCUUCUAAAUCUGCUUCAUUUUCUUUCUAAAUGUUGGCCUUUGUGCUGAUUUUAAUUUUGGAUCGUCUCGAAUUCUCAUUGGAAGGUGAUUUUUAAGUA